AGCGACUACACCAUGCGUCACUACUAGGAUAAUCUAUUAUACAACUCAAAUGUCAAAACUAACAUGACAUACUUGAUUUACUACCUAUUUCGCAGCGCUUCAAAACUUCAAGCCUCCUAUCAAAAAUUUCACAGAUACCAAACCAUAAAUAUAAAGAUAUCUGCACUCCCAUUGUUGAUCAAUCCAAAACUGCCCAGAACCAAAAGCCAUGGCUGCAGGCUCUAAUGUUCCUUACAGCGCAACUUCAAAACCACCCAAACGCAACUCGCUCCUCUCCUUCCUUUCCGUCAAAAGUACCAAAAUAAUCAUAAUCGUCUUUUCCUGCCUACUCUGCUACCUCCUCGGAGUGUGGCAACACAGCGCCUCCUCCAUUUCCAGAACCACCUCAUUGACCUCAAUCUCAUGUCUCCAGCCCACCACCACAACCGGCCUUGACUUCUCCACCCACCACUUGGCGGAGGGGGAGUUUGCCGCAUCAGAGGAGGUCAAAGUGUACCCUCCAUGCGACGUCAAGUACAGCGAGUACACACCCUGCGAGGACCCGAAAAGGUCGAUGAAAUUCAACAGGCGCAGAAUGAUAUACAGGGAGAGACACUGUCCCGAGAAACACGAGCUACUUAAGUGCAGAGUGCCUGCUCCGUACGGUUAUAAAAACCCGUUUGUGUGGCCGAAGAGCAGGGAUCUGGCCUGGUACGCUAAUGUGCCGCAUAAAGGAUUGACGGUGGCGAAGGCUGUGCAGAAUUGGAUCAGAUAUGAAGAUGAUCGGUUCAGAUUUCCUGGUGGAGGGACCAUGUUCCCCAACGGUGCUGAUGCGUAUAUUGAUGAUAUUGGAAAGUUUAUCAAUCUCAAAGAUGGCUCUAUUAGAUCCGCCAUUGAUACAGGUUGCGGGGUCGCAAGUUGGGGUGCUUAUCUUCUGUCACGCAACAUCCUAACGAUGUCGUUUGCACCAAGAGACACCCAUGAAGCACAAGUGCAAUUCGCACUAGAGCGAGGAGUUCCUGCCAUGAUUGGAGUUCUGGCCUCCCAGCGACUGCCUUACCCAUCCAGAGCUUUCGACAUGGCUCAUUGCUCUCGCUGCCUCAUUCCUUGGGGCCAAUUCGAUGGGAUAUUGUUGAUUGAAGUUGAUAGAGUACUACGGCCGGGUGGGUACUGGAUUCUUUCUGGCCCUCCAAUAAACUGGAAGACUCAUUGGAGAGGAUGGAAUAGGACGAAAAAAGAUUUAAAAGAUGAACAAAAAGUUAUUGAGAGAGUAGCCAAGUCCCUUUGCUGGAAGAAAUUGGUGGAGAGAAAAGAAAUUUCUAUUUGGCAAAAACCGCACAAUCAUUUGGCUUGCAAAACUAAUCGCAAAAUCGCCCAAACCCCGCCCUUUUGCCUGUCCUCUCAGGAUCCAGAUAGUGCCUGGUAUACAAAAUUGGAGACUUGCUUGACUCAUUUGCCUGAAGUUUCAAGCAGUCAAGAAACUGCAGGUGGUGAAUUGGCGAAAUGGCCCGAGCGAUUAAACGCAAUUUCGCCAAGAAUUAGCAGAGGAUUAGUAAAAGGAGUGACCCCUGAAGUUUUCACAGAAAACACUGAACUAUGGAAGAAGAGAGUUUCAUACUAUAAAACUUUGAACAAUCAGCUGGGACAACCUGGAAGAUACAGAAACCUUUUGGACAUGAAUGCUUACUUGGGUGGAUUUGCUGCAGCUAUGACUGAUGACCCUGUUUGGGUUAUGAACGUGGUCCCUGCCGAGGCAGAGAUCAACACUCUUGGAGUUAUUUAUGAGCGAGGACUAAUUGGGACAUACCAGAACUGGUGUGAAGCAAUGUCAACUUAUCCACGAACUUAUGAUCUCAUUCAUGCUGACUCUCUGUUUAGUCUGUACAAGGACAGAUGCGAAAUGGAGGAUAUCUUGUUAGAAAUGGACAGAAUACUAAGGCCAGAGGGGAGUGUAAUCUUCAGAGAUGAUGUUGAUGUAUUGGUAAGGAUGAAGAGGAUUGGUGAUGCCAUGAAGUGGAAUAGUCAGAUUGUUGAUCAUGAAGACGGGCCUCAUCAAAGGGAAAAGCUUCUGUUUGCAGUGAAGUCGUAUUGGACAGCACCUACCUCAUUACAGAACAAGUCUCAAACAUCCUAGUCUUUGAGGCUUCGAUCAUUUGUGUCCUCUGUUUGCCUUUUCUUUUCUUUUUUUUAUUUACUGAUUCUUUCAUACUAAAAGGGUAAUCAGAUUAUUUAAGAAUUCAUGUUUUUGAUAGAAAAAUAGCCUUUAACCCGUACUAAUACCACAACUCUCAUCAUAAUUCAUAAAUUCUGCUCAGCCAAGGCAGUGUCGUGAUCACAGAUAAAGAAUUUCAUAUCCUUGGGCUGGGCUUCUGAUACUGUAACUGUUGGAGCCAUGUA